CGGGCAGCUAUCGGGGUCCUGUCAUUCCGACAUCGCGUCGUGACGUCAUCAGCGGGCGUCGGUCUAGGCGCAGACACAUGUGCUGUGUUCAUGUGAUGAUCACCAGAAGUUAUUGAUCUAAUUGAAUUGGUUAUCGUCGAUUCUCCAACACAUUGUUAUCUUUGUUUUGUUGUUGUAGUCAUGGAGUACAUGCAAGCCCCGCCAACAAGCAGCCAAGGCAAUAUCCUUUGCUGUAUGUGUGGCGUUGCCAUUCCUCCAAACCCAGCCAACAUGUGCGUCUCCUGCUUGAGGAAUAAAGUGGACAUCUCGGAAGGCAUUCCCAAACAAGCCACCAUCCAUUUCUGCAGGCAGUGUGAACGGUACCUGCAGCCUCCGGGCUCAUGGGUCCAGUGCGCUCUGGAGUCCAGGGAGCUUCUGGCUCUGUGUCUUAAGAAACUCAAGGCCUCCAUGGCAAAGGUGAGACUUAUCGAUGCUGGCUUCUUAUGGACGGAGCCCCACUCUAAAAGAAUCAAGAUGAAGCUGACCAUCCAGAAAGAGGUCAUGAAUGGAGCCAUUCUGCAGCAGGUGUUCGUGGUGGAGUUUGUCAUUCAGCCUCAGAUGUGUGAGGAUUGCCAUCGAGUGGAGGCCAAAGACUUCUGGAAAGCAGUCGUGCAAGUCAGACAGAAGACUGUCCACAAAAAGACAUUUUACUACUUGGAGCAGCUGAUUUUGAAGCACAAGCUGCAUCAGAACACAGUGCGCAUCAAAGAGAUUCACGAGGGCAUUGAUUUUUACUACGCCUCUAAGCAGCACGCUCAGAAGAUGGUGGACUUCUUGCAGUGCACAGUUCCCUGCAGGUCGAAGACAUCUCAGCGGUUGAUCUCUCAUGAUAUUCACUCCAAUACCUACAACUACAAAAGCACCUUCUCAAUGGAGAUCGUUCCUGUGUGUAAGGAUAACGUGGUGUGUCUGUCUCCACGUCUCGCCCAGAGUCUGGGAAACAUGGGUCAGGUGUGUGUCUGUAUCCGGGUCACCAGCUCUAUACACCUGAUUGACCCCAACACCCUGCAGAUUGCUGAGGUGGAUGGGAACACAUACUGGCGUCACCCGUUUAGCGGUCUGUGUGGCCCGCGUCAGCUGGAGGAGUUCAUCGUCAUGGACCUCGACAUUAUCAGAGAUCAGAGGUUAGGAGCCGGCGCCGGUCUCAAAUCCAAUAAGCACACGUUGGCUGAGGUUUGGGUUCAGAAGACGUCGGAGAUGGACUCCGGUCAUCAGUAUCACUGCAGAACGUUCCUGGGUCACCUGCUGAACAUCGGAGAUCUGGUGCUGGGUUUUGAUUUUGCCAAUGCCAAUAUCAAUGAUGAGUUCCUCAAUAAGAUGAACCCUCACCAUGUUCCUGAUGUGGUGCUGAUAAAGAAGAGCUAUGACCGCAUGAAGCGGGUGAAGAGCCGAGUGUGGAAGCUGCGGGAGCUGGACCGAGAGAGAGACGCCACAGACACGGAUGAUGAGAGACAAUACAACGAGUUCCUGGAGGACCUGGAGGAAGAUGAGAUGCUGAGGAAGAACGUCAACAUCUUCAGAGAUGCUUCAAAGAUCCCGGUGGAAAGUGACACGGAUGACGACGGCGCUCCCAGGAUCUCUCUGGCGGAGAUGCUGGAGGAUCUGAGCCUGAGUGACGCCACCGGUGGAGAAGGAGCUGAUAUGAUGACUGAUGAAUGAACAACACCUCCGAUCAGAGCACGAGGCAGACGUUUAUAAAGGAGAAAACUAGCCAGACACACGUCAUUCAUUCUCAUGCUCACUGCUCUCUCUUUCAGAGAAUUGCAUUUCCUGGUGCAGUGAUGCAGUACUAUAAUAAAUAAAAUAUUUAAAAGUUUGAAAAAUAAGAGGGACGGUUGACCCAAAAAUGAAAAUGCUGUCAUUUACUUAUCCUCAUAUGAUUAAAAACCUAAUGACUUCUUUAUUCUGCCGAACAGAAAAUAAGAUUGUUUAAUGAACAUCCAUUUGGGUGAAUUCAGUACAGUGGCAGUGAGUGACUUGGGUUGAAUUUUGUAAUUUUAGUGCAGACUUAUGGAUCAUGCCUUCAUUUGGAAGCGUAGUCUAUUGGUCACCUUCUGGAACAAGAAGAGCAUGGAUCUCAUCAUAUACAGACUCGCUAGUCUGCUUCAGAAGCUGACGCAUUGGUUUCAUACAGGAUUGGGUCAAAUCUGGACAUAGUUUGGUCUCUGGUCUGCAGUUCUUCUGAAGGCAUUCACUGGUCCAACAACAGUCCCAAUGGUGUGGUUUUAAAGGUUUCUCUGCCUUUUCUGUGUGCAACAGUGUACAACACUUCUAUAAAAAUUGAAAAGAUCAA